AUGGACUUUAAAGGACCAAAGAGGCAAAAUCAAGUUCAUCAUUAUAACAAGAAUAUGAAACGUAAAGUUAUAUAUACUUACAUGUCCAUUUCAAAAGUAUAUCACUCUUUAUCAAAGUUGAUGGAAAAUUAUUGGUAUCACUAAAUUUACUGAGGACUUUUUGCGAAUUGAAAUCAAUUAUUGCUUUUAAUUCUUAAUGGUUUACUUUGAAUCCACACUUAAUUUUUUUUUUUCGUAAUUGCACGUAAAAGGAAACGCGUGUAACGUACCAUCGACGCCCGGUUGGUUGACAAUAAGACAGUAAGUUAUUUGAAAGUUGACGAAAAUUCUGUAGAGUAGGUAGAGAAGAGAAAUCGUUUGAAGGAUUGUAGCCGGUGAAUCGAUGUUUUUCCUCGUUAACCUGCAUCUGUGGUGCUGUUCAGGCAAAGUGGACGAGAAAGCGACGCAACUGCACGCGAUAGCGUCGCUAAAGGUGUUACUGGAUGCCACCAGGCCGCACAACGGCGCUGCGACGUCGACCGCCGCCCAUUACUCCGGUGCCUCGUCGAAAGAGACCACUCUGCAGCUGCAGCAAGGCUCCCAGGGCACCACCACGACCACCACUACGACGACCACCACCGCUGGCACCACCGCCGGCAUCCAGGAACUUCCCAACGGUGGUAUAGCCGCUGGCCUCGACGCGGGCCUCGAUUCGGGAGAGGAGGAUGAACCUCCAGACGAAGCAUUGGACAUGGGCUGGCCCAGCAGUCCCAGGAAGAGACUCACUUACAUUUUGGUCGCACCGAUUCUGUUCCCUCUGUGGCUGACGUUACCGGACACGAGGACACCCAAAGGAAAAAAAUUCUUCGCGGUGACGUUCAUCGGCUCGAUCUGCUGGAUCGCGGCGUAUUCGUACCUGAUGGUCUGGUGGGCGAAUGUCGCCGGCGACACGAUUCGCAUCCCGCCGGAAGUGAUGGGACUGACGUUCCUCGCCGCCGGUACCAGCAUCCCAGACCUGAUCACCAGCGUGAUCGUCGCGCGAAAAGGAUUCGGCGACAUGGCCGUCUCGAGCUCCGUUGGCAGCAACAUCUUCGACGUGACCGUUGGGUGA